CUUCAUUCAAAACUCAACCCACUCAGGACUGAGCUAACCUGUUGAGCGGACGGUGUAGGGUGUUGGUUUCAGUCUGUCUAGAUCAGAUCUUUACGGGUGGUUCCUUUACAAUCACGUUUAAAACCUCAACAUUUCACUUUCUUUCUCCUUGAAAAGGGUUAAAUCCACACUGUCAUGAUGAAGACUAUGGCACUAGUUUUCUUGACACUUUUGUCCCUUGUGUUGGCAGAAGGUCAGCAGACAACAGUGGACGACCCCUUCUCUUUUGAUUAUCACAGACUUCGGGUUGGAGGUCUGAUCUUGGCAGCAGUUCUAUGUCUGAUUGGCAUCACUAUUCUUUUAAGUGGACACUGCAGAUGCAAGUUCAACCAAGACAAGAGGAGGAGGACAGGAAGUAACGCUCAAGCGAUGCUCAACGACACAGCAAAGGCCAGUGAAUGCUAAAUACCUGCUGACCUGACCUGAACCAAUCAGAGGAGACGGUCCGCCUUUAUCCCAUGUGCUGGUUUAUCAGAGGAACCAUUUCUCUUUUAAGACGAGGAACCCGAUACAAAGGUUUUCUGUGUUUUCACUGCCUAUCUGCUCCAGAGGAGGAAGGUGAAAAUCCAUAUACCAUUUUUUAUGCCAGAUGUGUCUUUCUAAUAUCAUUUAAUAUAAAUUGAUUACCAAAAAUUUGAAUGUAAAUGGUUUUUUAUCCUGUCAGUAAUUGUAUUAAAUUAUGUUGGAUAUAGGUAUGCAAGGGAAGGCUUUCAAUGGCAGUGUACUGAAUCAGUCUCAUAUGGAACAUGUAACCAAAUGUUACUGUAAGCUCUAGUGAAUCCAUACAAUAUUACACUGUUGCAUUCUGUGUGAAGUAGUUUACUGUUCAGACUUGCUUUGGUGUUGAGUAACUAGUUAAAAAAAGACAUGAGAAGAUCACGCUAUCAUAUUUGCAUUGCGAUAUUGUCAUGUGCUUGAUUUAUUUUCAUUUCCAGCCUAUUCAUCACAGACAUGCUUGUAGUAUUAAGAGUUUAUUUUUAUCUGUCAUGUGAAAAUUGUCAGUAUCAGUCAAACAUACACUAAAAUAAACUAAAAGACACUAAAAAACA